GAGGCCUCCUCAGCGCGCAAAAACUUGUGCCCRUUUGUAAAUACUUUGUUUUGGGUGAAAACGUAACAGGAUGUGGCGUCUUGUGGUUCUCCCCUUGCACUGGUGCGAAGCAUGUCGAGUGAUGUGUCCUGUUCUGGGCCACUCGCUUCGAGAAGGACAUGGAAGGGCUGGAGCGAGCCGAGAGAAGGACAGCGGAGCUGGGGAAGGGUCUGGAGCACAAUUCUGAUGAGGAGUCACCCUGGGGAAAAGGAGUCCCGGGGGCACUCGAUCGCUCUUUACAGUUCCUUGCCAGGAGAUUGCAGCCAGCUCUGUUCUUAAGACAUUGCAGCCAUGACUAAGAGAGAGGCAGAGGAGCUGAUAGAAAUUGAAAUUGAUGGAACUGAGAAACAGGAAUGCACCGAAGAAAGCAUUGUCGAGCAAACCUACACCACAGCAGAAUUUGUGAGUCAGGCUAUUGACAUCAAUGAGCCCAUUGGAAAUCUUAAGAAGUUACUGGAACCCAGACUGCAGUGUUCCUUGGAUGCACAUGAAAUUUGUCUGCAAGAUAUUCAGCUGGACCCAGAUCGAAGCCUUUUUGAUCAAGGAGUGAAAACAGAUGGAACAGUGCAACUUAGUGUGCAAGUAAUAUCUAGGCAAGGGAUAGAGCCCAAAUUGAACAUCCUGGAAAUUGUGAAGCCUGUGGAGACUGUGGAGGUUGUGAUUGAUCCAGAUGCUCAUCAUGCAGAGGCUGAAGCUCACCUUGUUGAGGAAGCUCAAGUGAUAACCUUGGAUGGAACWAAACAUAUUGCAACAAUUUCAGACGAAACGUCUGAGCAAGUGACACGAUGGGCUGCAGCACUGGAAGGCUACCGGAAGGAGCAGGAACGCCUUGGAAUACCUUAUGACCCGGUUCAGUGGUCAACAGACCAGGUGCUCCACUGGGUGGUGUGGGUGAUGAAGGAGUUCAGCAUGACUGACAUUGACCUCAACACGCUCAGCAUCCCUGGGCGGGAGCUCUGCAGCCUCAGCCAAGAAGAUUUCUUCCAGCGCGUCCCAAGGGGAGAAAUCCUUUGGAGCCACCUGGAGCUUCUUCGAAAGUAUGUGUUGGCUAGCCAAGAACACUCUGGAGAAAUAGCAACUGUUACUAUUGAUCAGCCUGUUCAGAUUAUACCAGCUUCUGUACAGCCUGCUACCCCAACCACCAUCAAAGUGAUAAACAGCAGUGCAAAAGCAGCUAAAGUUCAGAGAGCUCCAAGGAUCUCCGGGGAAGACAGGAGUUCCCCUGGGAACAGAACAGGGAACAAUGGCCAGAUCCAGCUGUGGCAGUUUUUAUUAGAACUUCUCACUGACAAAGAUGCUCGGGACUGUAUAUCUUGGGUUGGUGAUGAAGGAGAGUUUAAAUUGAAUCAACCUGAACUGGUUGCACAGAAAUGGGGACAGCGCAAGAACAAGCCCACGAUGAACUACGAGAAGCUKAGUCGGGCUUUGAGGUAUUACUAUGAUGGAGACAUGAUCUGCAAAGUGCAAGGCAAGAGGUUUGUGUACAAAUUCGUGUGYGACCUGAAGACUCUGAUUGGGUACAGCGCAGCGGAGCUGAACCGCUUGGUCACGGAGUGUGAGCAGAAGAAACUGGCCAAGAUGCAGCUCCAUGGCAUUGCACAGCCAGUUACAGCAGUGGCACUGGCUACAGCAUCCCUGCAAGCAGAGAAAGAUAUUUAAGCACUGGGACCUGUAAGUGGGAACCUGAGGCCUUUCCUCUAUAACCAGAGCAAUUGGUGCUCUUACCUUUAUUGGAAUUGGAAACUUUCUUUGUUUCUCGACCAUAUAAUAUAGAGCAUGAUUUUCUAUAAAGAACUGAGACUCACAUAGAUUUGGAUCUUUUAACAGCAUAUAUAUUUUAAUGUAACUUAAGGAGUCACCACAACUUCCACAGCUAGUGAGAAGUGGAACCGCUCAACGCUGUGACCAUGGCUGUGCGAAGUCAUUUCUGCAAUGCUUUUAACAAAAAUGAAGUCCCUGUAGUCCCCAGGCUGAUUAGUUGUCUGAAUGCAGCCUUUUCCAGUCUUUUGUUCUCUGCUGAACUACCAAAUGGCAUUUGAUGCUUUCAAAGUUCAAAGUAUGUUAAUUAUUCUCAGAUAAUCAAGCAGAGCUGAAAGACAUGUUAAAUGUUACAGAGCAUCAAGUUCUUAAAAGAGGUUCUGUGYUUAUAAGCAAAGGAAACUAAGACUAGACUUAACUGGAGAUCAGUGCUGAAGAAGCAGAUUCAAGUUUAGAUAUGGCUUAGGUAAAAAGCCAAUUAUGAGUAUUUCAUUGUAAUAUGUAGAUAAUAUGCAUAUAUGAGGGCAAAUACCUGUUUUGAAAUAUGUGCUUGACAUUAGCCAUUUCGCAGAAAGCAAAGAUGAACUUCUUYCCCCACUGCCAUCCCCCAUCAGGUGAUUCAAAAACUUGAAAAAACAGCCCUCGCCCAAGAAGUAGAUUGUUUUGUUGGGGAUUAUUAAGGCUGUGUUCUGCAAGGUGUUUAUACCUGCAUGGUAGCCAACCUUAGUACCUGAAGACUUAAGUUAAUCACAGUCAGUAGUCCCUGGUUAGGAACAAAUUGAAAAUARUUUUACAGAGAACUGAAGUUUAAUUUCCCAAUCAUUGUACAGUCUAAUGUAUAUUAAAUACAAAGAGGUAUUUUUUAUUUAAUUUCUCUUUGAACUUCAAGUGAUAUUUUUGAAGCUUCUUAAGCCAAGUGCAUGYUCCAGAGCUGGAUGCAAUUUGAGGACUGGAUGAUGAGUUAUAAGUAGUUGGGAUAUAUCCUGAAUUCUGAGCUACUCACAGUGCUUCUUUCAAAUUUAGAUGUGCAGUAAAACAUAGGCUGCAGCUUUUGAGCUUCUGCACUGGUGCUUGUUAGACUGCUUCUUUUAAUGUCUAAGAAUGGUGCAAUUUGGGGUUGCUUUUGCCCCUUCAUGUUAAUAAACAGAAUAAUUAUUAUGUCACCAUUGAUAUUCACCUACUUUUUAUAAAUUAAACCCCCUCUGGUAACACUUAAAAAUUACAGUGGAAGACCUUUAGUUCUGUAAGGAAUUGAGCUACUCUUAAACCUUAAAUCCAAAGCCCUUGAACAGUGAUGUUCUGAGCAUAAAGUGUGUUGGUGUAGAGCAGUGAGGGCACUGGGCUACUGCUCUUGAGUCACCCUUGCAGGCAGAAGGCAGACAAUACAAAUACUUGUGUGUAUCCUAAAGGUGUCUUGAGGACAAAGCUUUUUGUAGGUGGCUGCUCAUCCACAGAUAGUUUUUGGUUGACUAGAAAUCUUGCAUAUAGUUCUGACUUAUGUUUUUUCAUUAUUGACRUGAUUAUAAAAUCAAAGGUAUUUUGCUGGACUCUUUUGGUAACUCUUACUGUUGUUUUCCUUGAGCUCUUACAGCACUCCAUCUGCUGAGCAUKCUGGUGUCAUUUUGCUUUUAAAAAAUUUGUAAGCUCUGAGCAGAAAAUGGAAAUGUAUCUGUCACGAAAGGUCAACRUCACCCCUUUUCUUGCUGUUAGAGUUGAUAUCACUGGUUGGCAACUUUUUAAGAUGGCUUGUGCAGGAGAUGCAGGUGUGCUUACCAAGAAUUAUGUGAAGCUGGUAUUUGAGGGCAGCAGCUCURCAUGAACAGCACUCCAUGAGUAAACACAAGUCAGUACAAGUCACUGGUUCCAGUAGCAGAGUUCUUGAGAGGCCUUUUUAGUUAAUACAYAUUACAAAAGAAAAGAAGCUUAAAAUACCAGCUUCCUCCAUCAAACCAGACUGUGGGAGGACAAACACACAGCAAUAUUGAGAACUAGUAUCAAUACCCCUGCCUAUUCUUGUUACACGAAAAGCCCCAUGGGGGAACUUCUGCUCCCACCCUUUGUAAAUAAAUCCUGUUGUUACUUUGCAGCCUUUCAGUAGGAGUAAUGGUCCUUGGGGUUCUUUGUUGUGGCUCCAUCUGCUUUUCUACCGUGUUCUAAUUAGUAAUGAAAGAAUCUUUCAAGUGGUAUAAAAUUAUUAUCACACUCUCUGUAGUUGAGGGAGAAACCUGUGACUAACUUGAUGUCUUCAGUAAAACAAAAGAUUUAGAAUAUAUUGUCAAAGGAUUUUCUGUUGCUGCCAGAAGGAAAACAUAGAAAGAAUAUUUCAAGUUUUUGUAAAACAGAAGGGUUUUUGCAUACUUUUUAUUCAAUAAAGACACUUAUACUCUGCUAAUAAUKAUGUAUUUCUUUUGUGUUUUAUUCUGUUUUUUGUAAUUUUAUAUGAAACAAUUAUUUUCUAUUUUUACUCUGAUAAAGUAUAAAGUGCAUAAAAUUUCAAUAUAGUAAAAUAAAAAUAUUAUACAGCUAAUUUGCCUUCUUAAUUUUCCAGACAUUUGAAAUGUCUUUCAUGGGCAAGUWCAAAGAUGAAUACCUGCCCUUUAUUCUCUUUCUUCUUAAUGUCAAAAGCUCAAUACAGAAAGAAGGCAAACUCACCUUUUAUUCGAAGAUGCAUUUUCUUUGACUCAAUAUUUGGCUAUGUGUUUCUACUUUUAARCUGUAACUUGGUGUCCUUUAUUUCUGUAGCAGCUUUCUUUAACAUAUUAAUUGCAAAUCUCAAAAUG